AUGACAGGGAAAUCGCAAUGGACACAUCUACGGUGUUGCAAGAUACCAAAGAGCAUUAGCAGCUGCAGUCUCAGAGAUGUGGUACUCUGUGAACCUGUUUCAAUCCUGCGCCGAGGCAGAAGGAAGACUAGACUGCUGGCAUCUAUGGGACUGCAGUUGAGAGACAUCCAGGUGUUGUUUCUGGUACUGAUGGUUGUGGCUGAACCGUUUCUUUCCUGUGCUGCUGCUGCUGGUGGCGUGGUCCCCCGAACGAGAAUGGCCACGCCUGCAGCCGACGACGAUUCCUUGGUGACACUCACGAACUGCUUUCCCAGCGUUAUACUCGGUGGUUUGCUCAACACCUACACCUGCGAAGUUAACAAUGCCCAAACACUGAUUGGCUUGGAGCUCUCCGCCUCGUACUACCAUAAAGCAGACCUCAUUACUGGCUGGCCGGCGACUCUUGGUGCGGAAACCAAAAAAAUUACAUUCGUUCCUGAUGGUGGCCCAUCUUCAGGACGUUGGGAAGUGGUCAUUACUGGGCGUCCUGACAUUUCAAGCACCAUCACUCCUCGGACGACCAAUAAGAGCAUGGACUUCAUGAUGAUUACUGCGACUCGUGCGAAUUUUGCUUUACUCCAUCCAUAUUACGGUAUGGGUGUAUCGUGGGCACCUAAUCUCCCGAGUGGCACCACGGCUUCCGACUACAUGCUGGUCCGCUCUUUCAAUG